AUGCCCAACCGCCUCCAACGCCUCGCAGAACUGCAAGAUCCAACGCUUUCUCCCAGUUAUACUGCCACUCCCCUGAUGGAAUCCGCUCCUUCCAGUCUCCGACACGCUCUUGGUCUGCAUGGCCCUCGAGUCGGCGAAGAAGCCCCACCCCCAGCAGACAUCCCAAAGACUGAUAAGAAGACUUCCACCGUCACCAUCGAGGGUCCCAGCUCGCCGCCUCCACCAGCAAUGGCCCACAUCGAACGUCCUAGAUUGUCAGCCUACGAUCUUUCUGCUCUCACUACAGCGGAAGGAUUCCCAUCCGUAUUGCCAGUCUAUGAGACUAGUAAUUAUCCUGUCGAGAUCACGCAGCCCAACGGACAGACGUACACGGUGGUGAGACCGAAGCUACAGAAGAGAAAUGGAAGGACGACGAGAAGGAGAACGACCGGAGCUUCUUUCUGUGGAUGCGGGACCGGAAUGGUCGUGAUUACUGGAGUAUUCGUUGCUUUGCUCUUCAUUGCGGGCUUGGUGGCGGCGUUGUAUUAUGGUCUGAAUGAGGCUCAUGAGCAGUUGAACAAGGCAUCACACUUGUGGUGA